AUGACGUCCAGCACGCCAGCAGAUAUGAUCAACCUGCGACUUAUCCUGGUUAGCGGGAAGACCAAGGACUUCUUGUUCUCUCCCGACGACUCGGCAGCUAACAUCGCCAAUCACGUUUACGACAACUGGCCGACGGACUGGGAGGACGAGCAAGUACGCAGUAACAACAUCCUCAGGCUCAUCUACCAGGGACGCUUCCUGCACGGCAAUGUCACGCUAGGAGGCCUGAAGCUUCCCGUGGGCAAAACCACCGUCAUGCACUUAGUGGCCCGAGAGACGCUGCCCGAGCCCAACUCCCAAGGUCAGAGGAACCGGGAAAAGCGCGGGGAGAGUAACUGCUGUGUGAUCCUUUAA